CAGGGCUAUAUAUAAAUUCCCUUCUCAAUACAUAUAUAAAUCUAAUGAUGCUAGGGAUACCAAAACACACAUGGAAAUAACACACAUUCUGGUCAGUUGGUAUUGUAGUGGUGACAUAGGCUGUGUUGGGUUCAGUUGGAAUGACAGAGGAUGGGGUGGUGGUUGGAGGAAGAACUACCUCAUCAUACACCACAUUUCUGGU